AUGGCUAGGAUCAGUUUUUCCUUCCUCUGCCCAGCCUCCUGGUACUUCACUGUGCCCACAGUGAGCCCAUUUCCCCGGCAGCGGGUGGCAUUCCUAGGACUCUUCUUCAUAUCCUGUCUCCUUUUACUUAUGUUAAUCAUGGACUUUCGACAUUGGGGUGCUUCAUCACCAAGAGAUAGGCAAUAUGAAAGGUAUUUGGCUCGAGUAGGAGAUCUUGAAGCUACUGACACUGAAGACCCAGAUCUGAAUUAUGGACUUGUUGUGGACUGUGGCAGCAGUGGCUCUCGGAUUUUUGUUUAUUUCUGGCCAAGACAUAAUGGGAAUCCUCAUGACUUAUUGGACAUCAAACAGAUGAGAGACCGAAACAGCCAACCAGUGGUUAAAAAAAUCAAGCCAGGAAUCUCUGUGAUGGCAGACACUCCAGAACAUGCCAGCGAUUACCUUCGUCCUCUGCUGAGCUUUGCUGCUGCUCAUGUGCCUGUGAGGAAGCACAAGGAGACCCCCCUUUACAUCCUCUGCACGGCGGGCAUGAGGCUUCUUCCCGAGAGGAAGCAGUUGGCUAUCUUGGCUGAUCUAGUGAAAGAUUUACCUCUGGAGUUUGACUUCCUCUUUUCUCAGUCUCAGGCAGAAGUGAUCUCUGGAAAGCAAGAAGGGGUUUAUGCAUGGAUUGGAAUCAACUUUGUUUUGGGAAGAUUCGACCAUGAAGAUGAAGCUGAUGCUGAAGCUCCCCAGGAAUUGGUGACAGGACGCAGAAGGACAGUAGGGAUACUGGAUAUGGGAGGAGCCUCUCUCCAAAUUGCUUAUGAAGUUCCUACCUCAACUUCUGUCCUUUCUCCACAAGAGGAAGAAGCUGCGAAGAUCUUGCUGGCUGAGUUCAACCUGGGCUGUGAUGUGCAACACACAGAACACGUGUAUAGGGUUUACGUCACAACCUUUCUGGGUUUUGGGGGCAACUUUGCCCGGCAGCGCUAUGAAGAUCUUGUAUUGAAUGAAACUCUUAACAAUAACAGGUUGCUGGGCCACAAGACAGGUCUGAGUCCUGACAAUCCUUUUCUGGAUCCCUGCCUGCCUGUGGGACUCACAGAUGUGGUGGAAAGGAACAGUCAGGUCCUGCAUGUCCGAGGACGAGGGGACUGGGCAGCUUGUGGGGCCAUGCUGAGCCCCCUGCUGGCUCGCUCCAACACCAGCCAGGCCUCACUGAAUGGCAUCUACCAGUCGCCCAUUGACUUCAACAACAGCGAGUUCUAUGGUUUCUCCGAGUUCUUUUACUGUACAGAGGAUGUGUUGCGCAUUGGUGGCCGCUACCAUGGGCCAACAUUUGCCAAGGCUGCUCAGGAUUACUGUGGCAUGGCUUGGUCAGUACUCACUCAGAGAUUCAAGAAUGGCCUCUUUUCAUCACAUGCAGAUGAGCAUCGACUCAAAUAUCAGUGUUUUAAGUCAGCUUGGAUGUACCAAGUUCUUCAUGAAGGAUUCCACUUUCCCUAUGACUAUCCAAAUCUGCAGACAGCACAGCUGGUCUAUGACCGAGAGGUUCAGUGGACGCUGGGAGCCAUUCUGUAUAAAACACGCUUCUUACCACUCAGGGAUCUACGGCAGGAGGGUGUCCGACAGGCCCAUGGUAGCUGGUUCCGUCUCUCCUUCGUCUACAACCACUAUCUCUUCUUUGCCUGUAUCCUGGUGGUGCUACUGGCCAUCAUCCUGUACCUUCUGCGGCUACGUCGGAUUCACCACCGACAAACUCGAGCCUCAGCCCCAUUGAACUUGCUAUGGAUCGAGGAGGUGGCACCCAUCAUUGGGGUACAGGUCGGGCCAUGA